AUGAGGAGAAUGGAGCAGGGCUGCAGCCGCCUGGAGGACUUCCCUCUCAACGUGUUCUCGGUCACUCCGUACACUCCCAGCACCGCCGACAUCCAGGUGUCAGACGACGACAAGGCAGGGGCCACCUUGCUCUUCUCGGGCAUCUUCCUGGGACUGGUGGGGGUCACAUUCACCAUCAUGGGCUGGAUCAAAUACCAAGGGGUCUCCCACUUCGAAUGGACCCAGCUCCUCGGGCCCAUCCUGCUGUCGGUGGGGGUGACGUUCAUCCUGAUUGCCGUGUGCAAGUUCAAAAUGCUGUCCUGCCAGCGGUGCAAAGAAAGUGAGGAGAGGUUCCCGGAUCCGGAGCAGAUGGCGGGAGGACAAUCCUUUGUGUUCACUGGUAUCAACCAACCCAUCACCUUCCAUGGUGCCACUGUGGUACAGUAUAUCCCUCCUCCUUAUGGCUCUCAAGAGCCUAUGGGGAUGACCACCACCUACCUGCAGCCAUGUGGCCCAUGCGGCCUCAUGCCGCCUGGAGGGGUGGCGGCUACCAUGCCAAGCCCCCCUCAGUACUACACCAUCUACCCUCCGGAGAAUGCGGCCUUUGUUGACGACCAGGACUACCCUUCCUUUGUGGAUGCUGCAGAUGGCAGGUCCAGCCCUGAUGCUGAGCAUUUAGAAGAGACACCGCUGGGAGACGAGGACUCUGCCUGCUUCUCCCCUCCUCCGUAUGAGGAGAUAUGCGCCCCUUCUCACUAG